AUGUCCUGCGAACGAUGCAGGGAGCGUCACACUAAAUGUGACGACCGACAGCCACGAUGUAGUCGUUGUGAGAAGGCAGGCCGACAGUGCAAGCGGACAUCGAAAAGGUCGCUUCGAGUGGCAGUGAGGCCUACCGGGUUCGCGGUCCAUCAGACUUGGGUGCCGGUCCCGCCUCGAGUGGAUUUUGUAGACGAAAGUGCUGCAUUGGUGUCAAGCGAGACAAGUUGGAGGGACUGUGAAACCGGACGUCCAGAGCGAGAACAUGCGGAAUCUGUGACAUCCACCGGGACCGCUGCCGGGAUCUCUCUUCGAAGCCCGGCCAGUGCAGCUGCACAGAAUGACGAGAAUGCCAAUCUGUUUGGAGUGUCCGAUGAAGCGUUCCAGCAGCAGGUUCAAUCACCCUUUGCCACGAGACAAGGUGCCGAUUUGAUGCGAUACUUUGUCGACCACUGUGCGUGCUUCUUCGACUUUAGUGACUCUCGUCGGCAUUUCGCCUGCGACGUGCCCCAGCGAGCGAGGAGAAAUGGAAUGUUGGCGAAUGCCAUGCUGGCAUUGGCGGCCCGUCAUCGGAGUCGAACCCGUCAUUACGAUUCCUACAUCUCGGAUCGUUACUACCACGAGUGCUUGCAAGCGUUGAUACCGAGGCUCGGAGAUUCUGCAGCGAUCAAGGACGACGAAUUGCUAGCAGCUGUGGUCAUUCUCCGGCUUCUCGAGGAGAUGGAUGUAUCAAUUGUCGGAUCAGAUCCUCAGGGCCAUCUCAUGGGGACUCAGGCCAUCAUAACGGCUUCGCAAAUACAGUCUCCUUCACCCGUCACGUCACUACGCAAAGCAUGUUACUGGGGUGCAUUUCGGCAAGAGAUCUUCAUGUCCUUGACUUUUCAAAGACCAUUCAAGCUCCGCCUGCCUAACCUGGCGCCGUCGGUGUCGUCGGCUGAUGACUGGGAGUGGUCCCUGAAAGCAACCUAUCUGUGUGGAAAGGUACAAGAGUUUGUGUUUGGAGACGAUGUUGCGAAUGCCGACGAGUACCAUCGAUUAACUCGCGAGGUUGGCGCGUGGAAAAGGGAGCGGCCAACGGGAUUCGACCCCAUGUAUCAAGACUCGUGCGUAGAGGCUGGUUCAUUUCCAGAGAUUCGCCUCCACAUGGACUGUCACGUCAUGGGCUGGCAGUACAUAUCGAUGGCGCACCUCCUUCUGAUUGUCCACCAACCAUUACCCAGAGUUGGACCGCGUCACAAAGAGGCAUUGCAAAGCAUGGAGGAGGCAGCAAUUGCCGAAGUCAAAACAAUUUGCGGCGUCGCCAUGUCCAAUUCCCAAACCGCACCGGCACAACUAGUUGCAUGCAUGGCCAUCACCUUAUGUGAGCUAAGAUCUCCUGGUCAUUCAUUCCAGAUCGUCCGUGAGGAAACUAACUUUUUUCCCUUCACCAGUUGGGGAUCGUUUCGUGUCGCGGUCCGAACAAGCGCUGUUGCGAGAGAUGCUCAUUCGGACGGAGAAAAGCACCGGGUGGCCGACAUUGUCAGCACAGCAACAGCUCGAAAGAUGCUGGCACUGGGAUAUGAGAAAGUCCAGCUCGUCGAUCCGAGAACCGAGUUCUGUCUGACUCCAUGGGGCUCCGCAGAUGAACCAGCCAUCAACCAAUAUGCAAUGUUUGUCGGGCUAGCCCAAAUGGGACGACAUCGGGUUAGAGAGUCCGAUGAUCAGCGACAGUCCAGAAACUGCGUUCCCACCACACACAGAACGAACUUGCAGAACCCGUAG